AUGGCAACCAACCAAGAUGUCGAAGAGUUGUUGAUUAUGGGAGACUUAGAUCUGAUUAUCCGGAAAGCCCAGGGAGAAUGGGAAACCCGAGAUGUUAAACUUAUUCCCUAUCGGCAACAUGUGGAAAAUCUUAGCAAGCGGUUCAGGUCAAUAGAGUUCAAGUACAUCCCUCGUUUUCACAACGAACUAGCUGAUGCACUCGCCACUUUGGCCUCGAUGUUGCCCUACCCGGGCAAUGCCCACAUUAAUCCCUUGGAAAUCCAAAUCAAGGAAAGACACGGUUACUGUAAUACGGUUGAGGCAGAACCAAAAACCCAGCCAUGGUACUAUGACAUUAAAAGAUUCUCUUUACCCAAACCUUGUCCAAGUCCUUAUGAUCAAUUGGCAAAGGCAUUGGAAUCGGAAAACACCAUUGUUGGAAUCUGA